AUGGCUAACAAGGUCUCCAGUUGGAGAGAAGCUCUUACAAGGAUCGCUAGCAUAGCAGGCAAAGAUUCUGCAGCUUGUGAAAAUGAGGCCUUGAUGAUUGAAGAGAUCGUUGAAGGCAUUUCAAACCAAUUGUUUGUAAUGCAACCAGUAGAUUUCAGUGAUCUCGUUGGAAUGGACUAUCACAUGGAACGGCUAAAACCUCUGUUGCGUAUUGAAUCUGAGGAUGAGGUCCGUAUGAUAGGAAUCUGGGGAAUGGGAGGCAUUGGCAAAACCACCAUCGCCAGAUCUCUCUUUAACCGGUUUUCAAGGGUAUUUCCAGCUCGUUGUUUCCUUGAAAACGUUUCCAAGAUUUAUAGAAAGCGUGGCGUCUCGUAUCUACGGGGAAAGUUCCUUUCAACCACACUCUGUCUCUCUGAGAACUCGAGCGUAGAACUUGGACACCAGGAGAUCAAGGCGAGAUUUUGGAACCGUAAAGUAUUUGUUGUCCUUGAUAAUGUGGAUGACAUCAAACAGGUGCAUGCCCUUGCUAAAGACUCUGGCUGGUUUGGUCCAGGUAGUCGAAUCAUCAUAACAACGCGGGACAAAGGCUUACUUAAUGCAUGCGGAGUAAGAAAUUUAUAUGAAGUUAAGUGCUUGGAUAUUGAUGCUUCUCUUAAGAUAUUUAACCAGUUGGCUUUUGAAGGACGGUAUCCUCCUUCUGACGUUUAUGAAAAACUUUCAAUCCGAGCGUCUUGGCUUGCUCAAGGUCUUCCAGCCGCGAUUGAAGCUUACGGUUUAUUUUUCCGAAGACUGACAUCUGUGAAAGAGUGGGACGAUGCCUUAUGUAGAUUCAUAAGAGCUCCUGACAAAAAUGUCCUGGAGAUCUUGAAAACUAGCUACAAUGCCUUAGAGGAAGCAGAUAAAAUUGUUUUUCUUCAUGUAGCGUGCCUUUUUAAUGGAGAACUUCUCCGGCGUGCCACUACUCUUCUUGAUGAUGGUGAGCUACAGGGUUGUCUGGGAGUAAAAAUAUUGGCUGAGAAGUCUCUUAUAGAAAUAACUGCUGGUGGGUAUAUAAAGUUGCAUUCUUUGGUAGACCAAACUGCAAAAGCAAUUGUGUAUCAAGAAUCCGCACAGAGGCCUGGGAAGCGAAGAGUUUUGUGGGAUCCUUAUGAAAUUUAUAAAGUGCUUGAACGCAAAGCGACAAAGGAACCAACGGAAUGCAUGGGGCUACACAUGUGUGAUUUUGAUUCUGGGUUGCAUCUUGGUGAGUAUCCAAAAUACCACCACGAUACUCUCAAGUUCCUCAAGGUCUACAAGCACUUGGACCAUAUAAAGACCAAGCUGCAGUGCAGUAGUGACGAUACAUAUCUACUUUCAUCGAGGCUAAGGUUACUACAUUGGGACGCAUUUCCCCUGACAACCUUCCCUUGCCGAUUCUCUCCACUAUAUCUUGUUGCAGUCAGUCUGCAUCGCAGCAAUCUCACGAGCUUCUGGAAACAAUCCGUGGAGAUACCAAACUUGAGAAGAUUGGACGUGUCAGGCUCAGAAAAUCUGGAACAACUUCCAGAUCUGUCUAUGGCCGGUAAUUUGGAGGAGUUGAUAACUCAAGGCUGCAAGAGGCUAAAGAGAAUUCCAGAGUCCAUCACUAACCUUACUAGGCUGACGACGCUUGAUGUCUCAUACUGCGAUGAGCUCAAUAGUUACCACAUCACUAUAAGGGAAUUGACUGGGCAAUGUCGGCAGAUUGCUUUAUAUUUCUCUGGUGAAGAAGUGAAAACAGAAUACAUUAAAAACCUGGCCAUUGGGGGAAACAUACAUAUUCAGAUGUUAUCGCUUGACGGCAACGCAGAUCACAUCUGUUUUAGUACAGAGGAACCUGAUGAAUUGGCAAAAGAAAAGCAAGAAGCAAGUCAUGAUAAACAGCUGUUCCAUGGUCUUGGAUUGCCUAUGUCGGAGGUCCAUGGUGAUGAAUGGAUGAUGCAAGGGGCUCAUGAUCAUGUCCUGCCAAAAUUUCAUGGAUUUAAUUCGAUAGACAUCAUCAGGUUCAACUACAACAGUGAUGGUGCAAGCUUCCUCUGUUAUAGUCUUUCCAUGUUUCCAUGCCUGAAAGAGUUAAAUCUGAUCAACCUAAACAUUGAAGUGAUCCCGGAUGACAUAUGCAGCUUGCAAUGCUUAGAGAAACUGGACUGGAGCGGCAGUGAUUUCGAGACAUUACCAGAAACCAUGAAGCAGCUUCCCAGGUUGAAAUACAUCAGCCUUUGUAACUGCAGAAGACUUAAAGCAUUGCCAGAACUAGUUCAGUUGGAGACAGUCAAACUCUCUGGCUGUAUGAACCUACAGUCAUUGUUCAAAUUAUCUCAUGCUGAACAAGACUGGGGCAGAUGGCGAUUGCGCGAGCUUUGGGUUGACGACUGCAACAACAUUCAGUCCAUUUCAGAUCAGCUUGGGCGUUUUACCAAGCUAUCAUAUGUAGAUCUUAGUAGCAAUGACUUUGAGACAUUGCCAUCAAGCAUUCGAGACCUUUCCUCUUUGAGAACUCUCUGCCUUAAUAAGUGCAAGAAACUCAAGUCGAUAGACGGGUUCCCAUUGUGCCUCAAGUAUCUCUACGCACAUGGCUGUGAAUCCCUGGAAACUAUCUCAUUUCCUUUGAACCAUUCUGUAAAACACCUUGAUCUUAGCCACUGCUUCUGUUUAAAACAGGAAGAACAUCUGAUCACUCAGUUUCUUAUGGAGGGACAAAAUGAAGAGGACUCACCGAGGUUCGCUUGCUUUCCUGGAACCGAAGUACCCAGUUACUUUGAUAAAAUAGGGACAGGGGAGUCCUAUACAACUGGCUUACCCUGGCCAAGACCGAAACUGAUUGGUUUUGAUGGUUGUAUCGUGAUUGCUUGCGAGAGGGGCUUUCGUAUACAAUUCUCGCCACUUUCUUAUGACUAUGAUUGGAACUAUGAAAGAUACUUUCAUUUGUACCUUCAACCAGAUCUCUUUCAUUGCCGGGACAGUAGUUUGCUUAGCACUGAAGAAGAGAAAGGUGGUGAAUCAGAUCACUUGGUUAUUAUCCGCGGUAUAAAGAACAUUAGCAACUUAAUCAACAAGUUCGGAAUCCAAUCAGACCUGCAACUAUCCAAGGAGGUUAAGUCUCCCUCCGCAGAGAUAAAGGCUUGUGGAUUUAGCUUGAUUUGGGAAGAUGACGUGAGAGACAAGAUUAAGAAAGAGCAGAACAAGACCUCUGGAUUCUCUUCUCUCUUAGAAUCUUAA